AGAUUGGGGUAAAGACGCCAUAUUGGAUUUACCAGCGGGGGUUCGGCAGCCGGGUUUUGCCCUGAGGAAAAAGAAGCGUGAAAAAAUCCUUGAAUUUCUUACGAUUUUUUCAUCGGAAUUCCACGAUGGAUGCGGCUAGGAGACUUAUGAGCUUCCAGUUCACCUUCUUUCUCUUCUAUUUGGCCAGUUUGUUCCAGAACCCAACAGACAGUUCGGCAGUUAUCCUCCAGAAGAACAAUAUUGACGGCGUCCUCAACCACAAUGAGCUGGUGUUUGUCAACUUCUAUGCUGAUUGGUGUCGGUUUAGUAAGAUGUUGGAACCUGUAUUUGAAGAGGCGUCCAACACUGUGCCUACAGCUAUCCAGAAUGUUGUCUUUGGGAAAGUGAACUGUGAUGCGGAAACGGAGGUUGCUCAGAAGUUUGGGAUCUCCAAAUACCCGACCCUGAAGCUGUUCCGUAACGGUCGCGUGCAGAAGCGCGAGUACAGAGGUCAGAGGUCGGUGGAGGCCUUCAAGGAGUACAUCGAAGAGCAGAUGAAGAGUAACAUCAAGCAGGUCAACGACCUCAAGGAGCUCAAUGACAUCGAUAGUAAGAAGAGAAACAUCAUUGGUUACUUCAAUAGCAUGGAUAGUCCGGAGUACAAGACCUUUCAGCAAGUAGCCAGCAACCUUAGGGAUGAUUGUGACUUCACUGUAGCAGUUGGAGAGAUAUCCAAAAAGGAAAGGCUAUCUGGUGACAACAUCAUCUUUAGACCCCCAAGAACUAAGGACCAGGACAUGGUGUACCUUGGUUCACUGGUCAACAAGGACCUACUGACCGCCUGGUCAACAGACAAGUGUGUGCCACUGGUCAGGGAGAUCACAUUCGAAAACGGGGAGGAGCUGACAGAAGAAGGUCUGCCUUUCCUUAUCCUGUUCCACAACCCUGAAGACGCUCAGAUUGUCCAGAAGUUUAACCAGAUUGUUAGCAGAGAGCUGCUGCAUGAAAAAGGAAACAUCAAUUUCCUGAUAGCUGAUGGUACAAAGUUCACCCACCCUCUGCACCACCUGGGGAAGUCUACCAAAGACCUGCCUGUGUUGGCUAUAGACAGCUUCAGACACAUGUACCUGUUCCCUGAUAUCUCACAGAUGAGUGUACCUGGGAAGUUGAAACAGUUUUGUGCCGAUCUCCACUCGGGGAAACUCCACAGAGAGUUCCACCACGGACCCGACCCAACCCAACCUCCACAGAUAGCCGGGCAAGAUCAACAACAACAACAACAACAACAACAACAACAGGGAGGCGGCACCGCCCCACAAGAAAAGAGGCCCACCACCCCGCCCGAGAGUCAGUUUAUAAAGCUGGCACCAAGCAAGAACAGAUACACUUUACUUCGCGAUGAGCUCUGAACAUUACAUAGCGUCUGUCCACAGUUUAUACAUGGAGGAAAAAUAUACCUUUAGGCCACAC